AUGAGCACUCGAAAAGUGUCCAAGGCCUCCAAUUCACCGCCUGAUCUCAAAGAGCACAGUCCGAAGAUGAACGGUAAGGGACGAAAGCGGCUCAACAGCGAGAUUUCUGAUGGGCUCGAGUACAGCAAAAAGAUCCGUCAAUUCCAAGCGAAGCUCGCCGCCGAGCAGGAAAAGAUCAACGCGGCGAUGGGCCCGCUGGCCGAGGCCGACAAAAUUGAUUACGACGAUGAAAAUCUGGUGAUUCCUGAUCCAGACUGUGAUCCCGAACAUCCAAGAACGGUGACAUUCUCGGAUAUCUCGACGGCCAUGUUCAAUAUCAAAGUGGGAAUCACUCACACGCCGUGCACGAAAUCUCUUCAACUCUCGAGUCUUUAUGGAAUGGAUCUUUACUUCAAAAAGGAGUAUCUUCAAGUGACAGGCAGUUUCAAAGAAAGGGGAGCCAGAUACGCGCUUUCACAUCUCACCGAUCAAGAGCGCCAGCGAGGAGUGAUUGCAGCGAGUGCUGGUAACCACGCGUUAGCUCUCAGCUAUCACGGGAAAUCACUGGGCAUCCCGGUGACCGUUGUGAUGCCUGUUUUUGCGCCAAUCAUGAAGAUUUCCCUAUGCAGAGGCUAUGGAGCUACCGUAAUCCUCAAGGGAAACAAUAUCUCGAAAGCAAAAGAUUACGCGAUGAGGUUGGGCAAAGAGAAAGGGUUGAAAUAUGUGAAUGGAUACGAUGCUCCUGAUAUUUUGGCCGGGCAAGGAACGAUUGGAUUGGAGAUUUUGGAACAAGUCCCCGACGUGGACGCGGUUCUCGUGCCCGUUGGUGGAGGAGGACUGAUCGCUGGGGUGGCUGUGGCGGUGAAAACACUCAAGAAACAUUGCCAGAUCAUUGGUGUCGAGUCGGAGACGUGUGCCUCAUUCACGGCGGCUCUCAAAAAGGGACACCCGAUUGGAGUCGAGCUUUCGAGUACUUUGGCUGAUGGCCUCGCCGUUCCAACAGUUGGUGGAAACUCUUUUCAAACGGCGAAACCGAUAAUCGAUGAGGUGGUCACCGUUCACGAGGAAUCGAUCGCUUUGGCUAUUUUGCGUUUAAUCGAAAUGGAAAAGGCAGUUGUCGAGGGUGCUGGUGCAGUGGGACUCGCUGCCAUUAUCUCCAACAAACUGCCACAGUUGAAGGGGAAGAAAGUUGUUUGCAUUUUGACUGGGGGUAACAUCGACACGACGGUGUUGGGGAGAUCGAUUGAGAGAGGGCUGGCUGUUGAUGGACGCUUGAUUCGACUCGAGGUUGUUGUAUCGGACCGGCCUGGAGGUAUCGCUGAAUUGGCGACUCAUCUAGCCCAUAGCGGUGCCUCGAUAAAGGACAUUUUCCAUGAGAGAGCCUGGAUUUCGACGGAUGUAUUUUCGGUAAAAGUGAAGAUCAUUUGCGAGACGAGAGAUCGAUCGCAUGUCCAAGAAUUGGAGGCACUUUUGCGAGAGAAAUACAAACACGUCGCUAUCUCG